GUGCUGCAAGACAUUGUGGAGCUUGUAGGCGCAGAGCUUCUGAAGCAGGGACCGCAAGCAGUAACUAUGCUGCAGACCUGUCUGGGCGCUCCAUCCGCAGAGGUCCAAGGAGCGGCUGCCCGAUUAGCUUUGCAGAUGGUCGAAGACUUGGAAAAGGACGUGACGGGCCCUAUAGGCGCAUUAAUGCCCACCGUCUUUACAGUCAUGAAGAGCUUCGCCGUGGCAUCGGAGCAUGAAGAGAUUCUGAAGGAAACUUUGGAGUCCUUGAUCUCGGCAGCUGAUGAGGAGCCAGAGUUCUUCAAGGAGAACGGCCUGCAGCAAGUCUGGCCACUGCUGCUGGAGAUGUGCAGAGCUAACCACUGGGGCGAUGCACAAGUCCGACAUAGUGCCAUGGAAGCGGCGAUGUCCUUCUUUGAGGGUCUUUGCGCGGACUUCUGCAAAGCUGAGGGCCAGCCAUUUCUGGAGCAACUGAUUUUGCUCAACCUGGAAUGGAUGUUAGAGGUUGAGGAGAAUGUGGACACCUGGACUUCGAGUGCGGACAAGGAAGACGAAGAUGACCUGGACGACGAUCUCGUGGGUAUCGGUGAAGAAAAUCUCGACCGGAUGGCCCAGCAAUGUGCCGAAAAGGAGGCUCUCGAAGAGGCCUUCAUGCCAACUCUCUUCAAGGUUCUCAGAGCAGUCUUGGCUGCACCCACCAGCACCUGGAAGCACGUGAGAUCUUGCGUGAUGGCAGUGUCGCAGGCACCCCGCUUUGCUGGCCAGAAGGCACCGUCGCCAGGUCCGGCGACUUACAGCCCCUCAGCGUUGGGGCGGCCUCGGGUGUUGGCCUACACCUUUGGCCGGCCGAAGAAGAAGGCGCCCAAGCUUCGCAUGAUCGAGAUAACGAAGCUGGGCCUCGCGGAGAAGCUCGGGAGUGGAGGCCUUGGCACGGUCUAUGCAGGCCACUUCGGUGGCAAGGAGGCCGCCGUGAAGGUCUAUCGGCCCCAGCCAGGCUUACUGGCGGACCCCGACCAGGACCGCAAGGCGUUGCGAGAGGAAGCCAGCAUGCUCCAGCGGGUCGCCCACCCGCACAUCGUCGAAGCGAUCUGCCUAGUGUCCGAGCGGGGGGCCAUCGCUGGAUUCUGUAUGGAGAGGCUUGGAGAGUCCUUUGAGACAGCUUCCAGCCAAGGCCAUCUGUGCUGGCAACGCCUGGAGAAAGCUUUCGGGCAGCUCGUGGAG